CCUAGACUCAUCUGCCAUCGGUGGAGAUGUGCACCUAUAUUGACGGUGACUGUGUCGACAACGGAUCUCGUCACCAGGAUAUAGAAGCACAGCAGUGCCCGAGGGUGGUCGAGUUCGCCGUCGUUGCACUGGGAUCCGUCUGCAACGUCUUCAGAUCGUGGGAAGACCAAGGUGGCACAGCGCUCCAUGAAGGUGAUCUAGAUCUGGGCACUUGCUACUGAGCGAAGUUGGUGUUCAACUUGGCGCUAGAGGCUACCACAAUGGAGAAAGGGGGGACAUGGAAAAGACGGAUAAUUGGCAAUUACAAUUGGGGUUCGUUGUGCAUGCCAACCCCUCCGUGGAAGGAUGGCCGCUCUCUUCCUCCUUUCUUCGGCAAGGAUGAAAAACUCUCAGUCCUAGUGGCUGUUGUGAUGGGCCUUCAACACGCUCUCGCCAUGGUCGGAGGAAUCAUUACAGCGCCGCUCUUGAUUGCAAUGCUCGGGUUCAAGCCGGAGAACCAGGCCUACCUGGUGUCGGCGGCGCUCAUCGUCGCAGCCGUGGCCUCGUUCGUUCAAAUAGUACAACUCAGGAUUCCUGGAACGCGUUAUGUGAUCGGGUCAGGCAUGUUGUCAGUGAUGGGCGUAUCCUUCUCAUUUGUCCCCAUUUCACAACAAGUUAUAUCAACGCUUAGUAAAUGUGCAUGUGCGGGGGUGCCCUGCACUGUAGGAGGCACGUGUGGGGCAUGUGCAGGUCCACUUACCGGAGAAUGCCUCACUCCAGAAGCAGCCUACGGAAAAGUUCUUGGCACCGUUUUGGUAUGCUGCUUCUACCAGAUUUUCGUGUCAUUCGUCCCGUCGCGUGUCCUGCGUCGGGUGUUUCCUCCAGUUGUGACGGGAACCUGCCUGGUGCUUCUCGGAAGUGCGCUCAUUGGAGCCGGGUUCGCGAACUGGGGCGGAGGCAUUUUCUGCAGCAGCCAGGUGUUGACUACCAAAAUACCCUGCAGCGGGAAUGGAGAAGUAGUGCUGGCUUUCGGGCAUCGUGUCUAUCUGGGGCUUGGAUUGGUCGUCUUCUUCGCUAUCAUCUUUGCUGAAUUGUUUGGAUCCCCGUUCAUUCGAAACAUCGAGGUCAUCGUCGGGUUGCUCGUGGGCAUGAUUGUUGCGUCGAGUGUGCACUACUCGUCCUGCGAUGAGACGGGUACAUGCAAAUCAUUGAGGUUCGUAACAGGUCAGCAAAUCUCGGACGCCAAGUGGAUCACCUUCUUAUGGGUGAAGCGGUUUCCGCUGGGAUUUUACGGACCUGCAGUGCUUCCCAUCUUAUUCGCCUUCAUGGUGACCACAAUGGAGUGCAUCGGCGACAUUACCGCCACCGCUGAGGCUAGCCAACUGGAGCCUGUUGGCGAAAAGUUUGAGAAGAGUAUCCAGGGAGCUGUGCUUGCCGACGGCAUCAACUCCUUUUUCUCAGCGCUGGCAACCAUUACACCUGUGACAACAUACGCUCAGAACAACGGCGUUCUGUCUCUCUCGCGAUGCGCAUCGCGGUACGCUGGAUAUGCUUGCUGUGUUUGGCUCCUGAUACUCGGAAUUGUGGGCAAGUUUGCUGCCAUCAUCCUUACCAUUCCGAACUGCGUCUUGGGCGGCAUGACCACGUUCCUCUUCACCGGGGUGGUUGUUUCUGGUAUCCAUGUGCUGAAUCUCAGAGAAGGUCUCAACCGCCGUAAUCGGUUCAUAGCCAUCAUGUCUAUCGGCGUCGGAAUGGGCGUCACUCUUGUUCCUGCUUGGGUGAACAUAACCAGCCAGUUCGUGGAUUAUCCUUUUGAAGGAAACUUCUGGCCUAUCAAUCCUUCAUGGUCUCCUGCCUUCCGAGGUUUUAGGGACUCAAUCAUCAUUGUCAUGUCCAAUGGAUUCUCCAUAGGAGGAUUCAUUGCUGUUUUCCUCAACCUCAUCUUACCUUUCGAUAGGAACGAUGCACCGUCCGGAAUUGAGGAGGAGAAGACACCGGUAGACUACAUGGACAAGAAGCAUGUUGAACUUUAGGUUCUGCAGAUUGCAUCUACACGAGAUUUCAACUGCUUGGAGUUAUAACUUAAGUUGAGUGAACUGUAGACUGUUUGUGAGCACUGGACCAGUGGUUGAUACCUCAACUCAUGUAUGUACAUUGGGUACGAGCAUUACUGGAGCUUUUCGCUUGCUUUCUUUCCACUAGUUUGUCACCUUCGGUCACGCCACCGUGAACAUGAUCUUCACGACAUUCACAGGCCAUAGAAUUCUCGUCGAUCGGAAGCAGUCGGUGGCUCUGACCCCUAGAGCGCGAGCUAGAAUUCCAUCUCCGGAAGCUCUAUUGAGAAGGGUGACAAGUCAGCCUCCAGAUCCAUUAGCGUGUGCAUCUUCUACAAGUCAUUAGGAUGUGGACAGAUCGAAUUUGACGUUGUCUGAACUCCCUUUGUACGGGAAUUCUGUUUCCAUUAAAAAAAAAUUAUGUGCUAUAGCUUACCGACAAGUGUACAAGAUCGUUAAAACUAUCAAAUGCGUCGACCUCAACUUC